AGAUGGAGGGAGGGAGUAAUAAAUGGUACACUCAGACGAAAAGCAAAGCAUCAUGACAAUAGGCCUAUAUAUAUAAACUUGUAUAUGGUCAGAUUAAUUAGAAGCAUAUAACUAUUUCUGCAGAUAAUUACAUAAAGUCGAAACAUAAAUAUAGAUGGCACGAUUCAAUGGUGUGGGAUUAGAUGUGAGCACAACACUUGAAGGAUCGGGCUUAAUGAUAAUGGUGGGAAUGAUUAUUAUGUCUGUUUUAAUGAUUUCUAUGGUUAUUUUUGCUUGUGGGGAUCACUCCUCUAAUGGCGAAAAGGACGACGAUGGGUACUAUCAUGUAAGUGGAGGAGGCGGUGGAGCAGGUUGCGGUGGUGGUUGUGGUGGUGGUGGUUGUGAUGGUGGUGGUGGUGGUGCUGGCGGUGGUGGUGGCGUUGGUGUUGAUUAAACUCUUGUUGCUGUGGAGUCAAUAGCUUGUUCUUGGAUAUUUAUUGAUUUUCUUUUGGCUUGUGUCCAGAGAAUUGACUAAAGUAUAAACAAAAUAUGGCGCGAUUCUACGGUGUGGUAGGUGCUGACUCACCAAUCGAGGGUUCAGGGCUGAUGAUAAUGGUGGGAAUGGUUGUUAUUUCAAUUUUAAUGAUUUCUAUGGUCAUUUUUGCUUGUGGAGACUCUUCUAACGAAAAAAAGAAGCGGAGGGGCGGUGGAUGGUUUUAUGGUGGUGGCUGUGGUGCUGGUGAUGGAGGAGGAGGCUGUGGUGGUGGUGGUGGCGGAGGAGGCUGUGGCGGUGGCGGUGGCGGCGGCGGCGGCGGUGGUGGGAGUUAAAUAAUUAAUUCUUGCGUUUGUGGAUGAGUCAAAGAGUUUAUUCUUGGAUAUAUAACAUAUCUUUCGGCUUGUGUGGAUUAGAGUCCAUGAAAUAUAUACAAAAUUUAGGUGUUAUAUAUAUAUAUAUAUAUAUAUAUAUAUAUAUAUUGUUUGUAUAAAUAAACUUUUCACAUUAUUAGGUUACUAUCUCAAAGGAUAUACACAUGAAAAAAAUUGUAAAAUGUUAAAUUUGUACUUUUGAAAAUAAAAUAAAUUACGUAUUAUAAUAGAUAAA